AUGGCAGCGCUGCCCGGGACGGUGCCGCGGAUGAUGCGCCCGGCGCCGGGGCAGAACUACCCCCGCACCGGCUUCCCGCUGGAAGUGUCCACCCCGCUGGGCCAGGGCAGGGUGAACCAGCUCGGAGGGGUUUUCAUCAACGGGCGCCCGCUGCCCAACCACAUCCGCCACAAGAUCGUGGAGAUGGCGCACCACGGCAUCCGGCCCUGCGUGAUCUCCCGGCAGCUGCGCGUCUCCCACGGCUGCGUCUCCAAAAUCCUCUGUCGCUACCAGGAGACCGGAUCCAUCCGGCCCGGGGCCAUCGGCGGCAGCAAGCCCAGGCAGGUCGCGACUCCCGACGUGGAGAAGAAAAUCGAGGAAUACAAGCGGGAGAACCCCGGGAUGUUCAGCUGGGAGAUCCGGGACCGGCUGCUCAAGGACGGCCACUGCGACCGCAGCACGGUGCCCUCAGUGAGUUCGAUUAGCCGCGUGCUCCGCAUCAAAUUCGGCAAGAAGGAGGAGGACGAGGACUGCGACAAGAAGGAGGAGGACGGCGACAAGAAGGCCAAGCACAGCAUCGACGGCAUCCUGGGCGACAAAGGGAACCGCCUGGACGAGGGCUCGGACGUGGAGUCGGAGCCGGACCUGCCGCUGAAGCGGAAGCAGCGCCGCAGCCGCACCACGUUCACGGCGGAGCAGCUGGAGGAGCUGGAGAAGGCCUUCGAGAGGACCCACUACCCCGACAUCUACACCCGCGAGGAGCUGGCCCAGCGCACCAAGCUCACCGAGGCCCGCGUGCAGGUGUGGUUCAGCAACCGGCGGGCGCGCUGGCGCAAGCAGGCAGGAGCCAACCAGCUGGCAGCCUUCAACCACCUGCUGCCGGGGGGCUUCCCACCCGCGGGAAUGCCGGCCCUGCCCCCGUACCAGCUGCCCGACUCCUCCUACCCCAGCACCACCAUCUCCCAAGACGGCGGCAGCACCGUGCACCGGCCGCAGCCGCUGCCGCCCUCCACCAUGCACCAGGGCGGCCUGGCCGCCGCCGCCGACUCCGGCUCUGCCUACGGCGCCCGGCACAGCUUCUCCAGCUACUCCGAGAGCUUCAUGAACGCCGCAGCCCCCGCGAACCACAUGAACCCCGUCAGCAACGGCCUCUCCCCGCAGAAGCAGGGUGCCCAAAACAAGAUGCAGUGCUCCCGCUGGAACCUCACCAUAGCCCUGAACAAUCAGGUGAUGAGCAUCCUGAGCAACCCCAGCGGGGUCCCGCCGCAGCCCCAGGCCGAUUUCUCGAUCUCUCCCCUCCACGGCGGCCUGGACAGCACCAACUCCAUCUCGGCCAGCUGCAGCCAGCGCAGCGACUCCAUCAAGUCCGUGGAGAGCCUCCCGACCUCGCAGUCCUACUGUCCCCCUACCUACAGCACCACCAGCUACAGCGUGGACCCCGUGGCCGGCUACCAGUACGGCCAGUACGGCCAGACCGCCGUGGAUUACCUGGCCAAGAACGUCAGCCUGUCCACGCAGCGCCGCAUGAAGCUGGGCGAGCACUCGGCCGUGCUGGGGCUGCUGCCGGUGGAGACGGGCCAGGCCUACUGA